AUGAAAUUUGAGAUUAGAAUUAUUGAUUUGGAUGAUAAUUCUAGUGAAGAACGACCUUCGAAAAAUGCAUUUGAUUUAUUAAUGAAAUCAUCAACAACGCUCUUUCUUCCAGAGUUUUAUCCAAUACCAAGAAUGCAUUGGAUCAAUUUAAUGAAUUUUAUUAACAAUAAUGGAGGAGGCUAG